AUGGGCAUGCUCCGUGUGCUGCUAGCCUCUCUCGGGCUCGUCCAUGCGGCCUCGGUCUGCGACCUCCCGGCGUUCCAGGCCAUACCGAUGACGACGCUUGGCACCGGCCCGCUUACGAUGAAGGCCAUCACAAACGGAACGGACUCGUGCUUCCAGGUGAGCGUGCCUGCCUCGGCGUCCGUGGCGUGGGCCUCGAUCGCCAUUGCGUCCAGCCCAAAGAUGGUCACCUCGCCGAUCGGCAAUGUCGUCAUCUACGAUGCAAACGCGCCGGCGCCGCAGCUCUACGAGAUGUUGAGCUACAAGAAGGCGGGCACCGUCCUCGCUACCGACCAGUCGCCGGUCGUCGCCAAGGCCGCGUCGGUCGUCAACGGCGCCAUGACGUUCAUCUUUGAGCGGUCCAAUGGUGUCAAGAUUGCUUCGGAUGUGGCGAUCGUCCCGGACGCGUACAGCACCAUCAACUGGGCAUACGGUUUGACCAAGUGGCCGUCCAUGCACGAAGGCCGCGGGUCAGCGCAGGUCGCCAUCAAGGCGGCGGCGGCCUCGGUCUGCGAGUCGCCAGCAUUCGCCGCGGCGCCGCUCGCGACGUUGGGUAGCGGCCCGAUGCAGAUCAAGGCGCUUACUGACGGCACAGACACGUGCUUUGAAGUGAGCAUGCCGGCGAGUACGCCCGCAUCUUGGAUCGCGAUUGCAAUUGCUUCGUCCAGUGCCAUGGUCACGUCACCAAUCGGCAACACCGUCAUUUACGACAGCACGGCCAAAGCGCCGCAGCUGUACGAGAUGAUGAGCUACAAGAAGGCGGGCACCGUGCUCGCCAAGGACCAGUCGCCGCUCAAUGUCGUCUCGGCGUCGGCGGUCAAUGGCGCGCUCACAUACACGUUCCUGCGUCCCAACGCCGUCAAGAUUGCGUCGGACGUGGCCGUCCUGCCGGAUGCGUACAACAUCAUCAACUGGGCGUACGGCACGGCGCAGUGGCCAUCGAUGCAUCAAGGCCGCGGCUCGGCCAACGUUGUCGUCAAGUCGGUCACGGCCUCCAACGCGGGCGGCAACUCGCUGCCGACGAUCGACAAUGCGUCGGCGUCGCUGCGCGUCAUUACGUACACGGACGUGAUCACAGCGGUCGCCUUCAUGGUAAUGCUCCUCCUCGGAGUCAUCGUGACGCACGUCGGGCGUUGGCACAUUCUCAACCACAGCUCCGUGUGUGCGCCGCCGACAUCCGGCUAUUGCAUGGGCUUUCGAACGACCUUGGCCGACCUCAAGCUCGGCGAAUGCAUCGUGCUCAUCGUGUACCUCCUCACGCUGUGCGUGGUGUCGUUCUCGGUGCACGUCAAGUUCGCGAACGCGCUGCCCGGCCAAAGCCUCGUGUUGGUGACCGGCCAUCUCGGGCUCGUGAACCUCAUGCUCAUUCUGCUGCCUGUCGCGCGCGGCCAGCACUGGGAGAUCGUCUUUGGCAUCUCGCACGAGCGCAUUCUCAAGUUCCACAAAGGCCUCGGCCGGUCGUUUGUGCUCUUGUGCGCCCUGCACUUUGCGCUGAGCUUGAACCAAGGCGGGAGCGCCACGUACGCCGAGCCGUACGGCACCCAAGAGGCGAUCCCGCUCUACGGCUUUGUAUCGUUCAUUGCGUUUGCGUCCAUGGGGCUGCUGGCGUUUGAGAAGCUCCGACGCCAGUACUAUGAAGUGUUUUACUGGCACCACCGCGCGUCGGCGGUCGUGGGCCUCGUCUUUGCUGUCCUGCACGCACCCGCGAUUCUGAUUGCGAUGCUGUUCCCGCUGGUCGUCUACGUGCUCAAUAGCCUCUGGCGCUUUGCCGCGUACUUUGCGUCGCACGCGGCGACGCUCGAGACGCACAGCGAUGGCACGACCGUGAUCACGCUCGCGUCAACGCUCAAAACAGCCAAGUACGCGCAGACAAUGAACACGUGCGCGUUCUUCUACCUCAACAUUCCGACGCUUUCCGGCGUCCAGUGGCAUCCGUUCUCUGCGAUCGCGACACCCGACGGCAGCUCGAUCGGCUUUUGCGUCAAGGCGCUCUCCAAAGGGUCGUUUGUCGACGCGGUGCACGUCCGAGCGCGCGGCGCCCUCGAGGUCGACCCGGCUCUGGCGCAUAUUCGCGUCCGCGUCGAAGGGCCGUACGGCAAGGCGUCGGUGCUGUUGCACCAGUACGAUGUCGUCGUCUUGGUGGCGGGCGGGAUCGGCGUCACACCGAUGCUCAACAUUAUCAACCAAGACCGGCACAAGCGCUUGAGCAAGCCGACGCAGCGCCUCGUGUUCCACUGGAUCGUCCGCGAACCGCACCAGCUUCUCUGCGCCGACCCGCUCAUGUACCCGUUGCCGUCGCACGUCGAGUCCCAUUUUGUCGUGACGUCGGCGAGCGCGAGCGGGGGCAUCCUCAACAUGGCUGGCGAGUCGGUGGCCUACAGCAGCGAGAAGCCGCGUAUGGACGAGAUCAUCAACCGCGAACGCUAUAGUCGCCGCCGUGUGUGUAUCUUGGCGUGUGGCCCGCUGGGGCUGGUCAAGGACGCACAGAUCCAGGCUGACGCGUGCGGGUUUGAUUUCCACAAGGAAGUGUUUUUGUUUUAA